UGGAGCACCCCAGCGGUGCCCCACUUUGACGGGGGAUUUGGGCAUGCCCCGCUGGGACAUGUGUCAGAGGUAGCGACGUCGAGAAGGAUAAGGCGAUGAGGCACCCAACGAUUAUCAGAAGGUAAAAGAAAGAAAGGAGAAGGAGAAGGAGAGGAGCAGAGUAAGAAUGCAAUUGACGUCACGGACUACAGAUCACGAUGUCCCUCGACCUCGUCCCCGUCUACCCACCCUACGUGACAACCCCCGCUCAUCUCUUCCCAGUGAUCGACACGUCAGUUACCCACCCCUCGGGCCAUUCCCCAACCCACGCCAUCGCCUCCAGCUGUCUCAUGAUCCAUCAACCCCAUGCCCAUCUCAAUCGGUUAUGGCAUCUCUCAUCCUUUUCGACAUGAUCAUCAACCCUUACGCGUACACUUCCCCACCUCGAAAAAUUCCCUUUGACGCUGAUCCACGAACUGUUGACGUGUCAUGCCAUGGCGGAGAGGUCCGUGUGUUCCAUUCCACCGCAAUGGCCGACUUAUCCGACUUUCCCGCUCGUUACGAGUUUCUGUAUCGCGGCUGGCGUGAAACAUCGGCAUGGAGGUCACGUAAAGUGGUGAGACCAGUGUUAAAGAUUGACAACGAGAAUACUCCACAGUCAUGGGGCUUGAGGAGGACUGGGAGGCAUGAUUGGAGGGGUGACCCCGCUCGAGCUCUGGUGCUGUGCUUCAGGAUCACGUUGGUUCUCCAGAAGGGAUGUCUAGUUCUAUGAUCGCCGUGACGUAUCACCUCCUGAUACAUAGCUUCCCGUGAUCACAUACAGGCCUGCACUGGUGAGGUUGGGAGAGAGUAUGGGAUUCGAAGUGCAGAGUCCGUACGGUUCGGUAUUCACGUCCUCAAGAAGCAGGUAGGAGGAGCGACGCAAUCUUGUAGAUGCGAUUUCCAAUCGUAG